GGAUGCUGCUGGAGCAAACCCCGCGCAGACUACCCCCAGCCCUCCCUUCCUCUCCGAGCCUGACACCCCGGAUGUGUGGGAGGGAAACAUCCCGAGGAGGUCCCAGGUAUCAGCAAGCCAGACACCCCUGCCCAACCCGGCGACCAUGGUGACUGGAUGUCUUCUCAGGCUCCUGGGCACAGUGUAGGGACCAGCGUGCUGAGGACCCUUCCGGAGCCUGCUACUGCCGCCCUUCCUCCGCUCCCGCCCCAGCCUCUUUGGAUGCGCCUGCCACCCCCGGGAAUGUGACUCGCCUUUCGAUUUAAUUUUAUUCUCUUCCGCAUCUCUCUUGGGCAUCCUGCUCCUCCUCUUAACCACGUUGAGCUUCUUCAGCCAGAGAGGAAGCGAGAGAGCAGGGGAGACGAGACUCAGACAGAAUGGCUUGCCGAAGACGCUAUUUUGUGGAGGGUGAGGCCCCCAGCAGCGAGACCACCACAUCCCUGGACAGCCCGUCGGCCUACCACCAGGGCCCUUUGGUGUCUGCCUCCAGCCUGAGCCCGGACCACUACGAGCACGCGUCCGUGGGUGCCUAUGGGCUGUACUCGGGGCCGCCGGGGCAGCAGCGUGCACGGAGGCCCAAGCUGCAGCACUCGACCUCCAUCCUGCGCAAGCAGGCCGAGGAGGACGCCAUCAAGCGCUCACGCUCGCUCUCCGAGAGCUAUGAGCUCUCUUCAGACCUGCAGGACAAGCAAGUGGAGAUGCUAGAACGCAAGUAUGGGGGGCGCCUCGUGACCCGCCAUGCAGCCCGCACCAUCCAGACGGCCUUCCGCCAGUACCAGAUGAACAAGAACUUUGAGCGCCUGCGCAGCUCCAUGUCGGAGAACCGCAUGUCGCGCCGGAUUGUGCUGUCCAACAUGAGGAUGCAGUUCUCCUUCGAGGGUCCCGAGAAGGUGCACAGCUCCUACUUCGAGGGCAAGCAGGUCUCGGUGACCAACGAUGGCUCCCAGCUGGGCAGCCCAGUGCCCUCCGAAUGUGGGGACGUGGGUGAGCCCGUCACCCUCAAGUCUCCAGCCACCUCCAGCGACUUUGCAGAUGCCAUCACAGAGCUGGAGGACGCCUUCUCCCGGCAGGUGAAGUCACUGGCCGAGUCCAUUGAUGAUGCCCUCAACUGUCGCAGCCUGCACACAGAGGAGACGCCAGCCCCGGACACUGCACGGGCCCGAGACACUGAGCCCAAGGCAGCUCUGCACAGCAUGGACCACCGCAAACGGGGUGAGAUGACAGCCUCUUACAGCGAUGUCACCCUGUACAUUGAUGAGGAGGAGCUCUCACCACCUUUGCCCCUCUCGCAGGGUGGGGACCGGCCUUCCAGUACCGAGUCGGACCUGAGGCUGCGGGCUGGGGGUGUUGCUCAGGAUUACUGGGCCCUGGCCCACAAGGCUGACAAGGCUGACACAGACACCAGCUGCCAUAGCACGCCGUCACUGGAGCGGCCCGAGCCUCGGCUGCGGGCUGAUCACCUCCCUCUGCUCACCAUUGAGCCACCCAGUGACAGCUCAGCUGACCUCAGCGACCGCUCGGACCGUAGCUCAAUCAAGAGGCAGAGUGCCUACGAGCGUGGCCUGGGCGGUGGGCAGCAGGGCAGCCCCAAGCAUGGCCCCCACAGCGGCCCCCCCAAGAUCCUCCCCCGGGAAGAGCCUGAGCCCCGGCCCCGGCCCCCCAGGCCCCUCGAGAGCCACCUGGCCAUCAAUGGCUCAGCCAACCGGCAGAGUAAGUCAGAGUCGGACUACUCAGAUGGGGACAAUGACAGCAUCAACAGCACGUCCAACUCCAACGACACCAUCAACUGCAGUUCCGAGUCCUCCUCACGGGACAGCCUGCGGGAGCAGACCCUCAGCAAGCAGACCUACCACAAGGAGACCCGCAACAGCUGGGACUCACCGGCCUUCAGCAACGAUGUCAUCCGCAAGCGGCACUACCGCAUCGGCCUCAACCUCUUCAACAAGAAGCCUGAGAAGGGCGUGCAGUACCUUAUUGAGCGGGGCUUUGUGCCUGACACACCAGUGGGCGUCGCCCACUUCCUGCUGCAACGCAAGGGCCUGAGCCGCCAGAUGAUCGGAGAGUUUUUGGGCAACCGUCAGAAGCAGUUCAACCGUGACGUGCUCGACUGUGUGGUGGACGAGAUGGACUUCUCUGCCAUGGAACUGGAUGAGGCCCUCAGGAAGUUCCAGGCGCACAUCCGAGUCCAGGGAGAGGCCCAGAAGGUGGAGCGGCUCAUAGAGGCAUUCAGCCAGCGGUACUGCAUCUGCAACCCUGGGGUGGUGCGGCAGUUCCGGAACCCAGACACCAUCUUUAUCCUGGCCUUUGCCAUCAUCCUGCUCAACACAGACAUGUACAGCCCCAAUGUCAAGCCUGAGCGGAAGAUGAAGCUGGAGGACUUCGUCAAGAACCUCCGAGGCGUGGACGAUGGCGAGGACAUUCCCCGGGAGAUGCUGAUUGGGAUCUACGAGCGAAUCCGGAAGCGGGAGCUGAAGACAAAUGAGGACCAUGUGUCCCAAGUGCAAAAGGUGGAGAAGCUGAUCGUGGGGAAGAAGCCGAUUGGAUCGCUGCAUCAUGGGCUUGGCUGUGUGCUGUCUCUGCCCCAUCGGCGACUGGUCUGCUACUGCCGACUCUUUGAAGUUCCAGACCCCAACAAGCCUCAGAAACUGGGGCUGCAUCAGCGUGAAAUCUUCCUGUUUAAUGACCUGCUGGUGGUCACCAAGAUCUUCCAGAAGAAGAAGAACUCGGUAACAUACAGCUUCCGGCAGUCCUUCUCCCUGUAUGGUCUGCAGGUCUUGCUCUUUGAGAACCAAUACUACCCCAAUGGUAUAAGGCUCACAUCCUCUGUGCCUGGGGCAGACACCAAAGUGUUAAUCACCUUCAAUGCCCCCAACCCUCAAGAUCGGAAGAAGUUCACUGAUGACCUCCGAGAGUCUGUGGCAGAAGUUCAGGAGAUGGAGAAGCACCGGAUAGAGUCGGAGCUGGAGAAGCAGAAGGGUGUUGUGCGGCCAAGUAUGUCCCAGUGCUCCAGCCUCAAGGAGCCCGGCAACGGGACGCUGAGCCGGGCCUGCCUGGACGACAGCUAUGCAGGUGGCGAGGGCCUCAAGCGCAGUGCGCUCAGCAGCUCCCUGCGCGACCUCUCAGAAGCGGGGAAGCGAGGGCGUCGCAGCAGUGCAGGAUCGCUAGAGAGCAAUGUGGAAGGCUCCAUCAUUAGCAGUCCUCACAUGCGCCGAAGAGCUACAUCAACACGAGAGUGUCCAUCUCGCCCACACCAGACCAUGCCCAACUCCUCCUCCCUCCUGGGCUCCUUGUUCGGGAGCAGGCGAGGGAAGCCCCCACCCCAGCCCCACCUGCCCUCGGGCCCUGCCGGCCCCCAUGUGCAGCACCACCCAGUACCCAUGGAGGGCCCGGCACAUGCCCAUCAUGCCCAGUACUGCCACCUGCAGCAGAACCCACCCCCCUACCACCACCACCACCACUACCACCCACCCCAGCACAUCCAGCACGCCCACCAGUACCACCAUGGCCCUCAUGGCGGGCACCCCGCCUACGGUGCCCAUGGCCAUCCGCCGCUGCCCGCAGCCCACACCAGCCACGCGGCCCAUGCAGCGCACCACCAUGGGCAGCCACCUGCCCCGCCACCCCCAGCCAGCAGCAAGGCCAAACCCACGGGCAUUAGCACAAUCGUGUAGACAGCCGGGCACGGGGCCUGGCCUCCCUGAAACCACUGCACAGCACACAGGGGCCACCCGGGGCAUCUCUGUUUCUAGCCCCCCAUGCCCCUUACGGCCAAGACAGCGCCCAGAGCCCAUGGGCUCACCUGCCGUGGGACAGACACCUGCCUGCCGCAGCCUGCGUGCCCUGGCUCCCUUCCCCUGCCACCGAGGGUGGCUCCGCACCACCGUCAGCCUCCAGUGGCCACCACCAGCUGCAUAGAUGGGGACUGCCACCCAUCCACCCCACUGCAGCCCCAUGCUCUGCUCCCUUUGCCCACGUAUAUGAAAACCCAGCCUAGAGAAAGAAGAAAAGAUACUUUUAAAGAACAGAAACAGAACACAACUAAACCCCAAACGUGCUGCAUUAUUGCUCUGUUAUUGACAAUGGGCAAAAAAAAAUUAAGUAGACCUGAUAUGGUUGAUGAAAAUACGUAAGUAAACUUUAUAUAAUAUAAAUAUAUAAAUAUAUAAAUAUAUAUAUAGAGAUAUAUAUGCUGUAUAGGUAGUAUUUGUGUGUGAAAGACAAGCGUUUCAGUACAUGAACUUAGCAAUAUAGACCGUCCAAGGACCUCCACUCACCUGAUAGGAAGACAGUGCUUAGAUGAGUGUGUGAGAAAAUAGACCAAAAACUUCCCUGCUAGGAAUGAAUUCAGAUCCCUCCAUAUUUUCAUACAAAAUGAAUAAAUAAAUAAAGGUCCCUCUAGGACUGACUUAAAUCUUACACAAUCAUUGCUAACUGUGCCAAGUACAUAGCAUCUGUCUAAAGCUCCCAAGCUGCUUUGUAUAAAUCCUUAUUUUAUUAACAGAUACUAUCCUAAAUAACCAGUAUUAUUAUAAUUGCUGUUCUUUCAGGUAAGCGUCUAGGUAAAACGCAGUCACCUCUCGGUAGCAAGUGGGGACAGCUAGCUAAGAGCCAGUCGUCCUGGGACGUUGGUCUCAAGCUCCUUAGGCACUUUGUACCAGGCUGCACUGACUGUGAACCCCACCCCCACUUCCCUUUCCCUGCAUACACUUGAGCACACUUACCCAUUCCCGAGAGGGCCACGCCCAGCACAGGGCCCCAUCUCUGCCCUGACAGUGACCCACUCAUCGUGCUCUGCCCAACACCAUGGCUCCCUCGGCCCAGACCUGCUCUGCUCAGCAGGCGGGACCCUGAGAGCUGUGCCCAGGAAGUGCUGAGGCUCAAGGGCUGGUGCCUGCUGAGCAGCCCAGGGCAGGGGCCAGUGUGUGUGUCCCAUGCUGUGUCGAGAGUGGUAGCAGUGGUCACUAAUUCCAUGUAGCCAUGUGCUCGUUGAACACCCCCAUGUCAUCACCGUGGCCACCCAUGUGACCCUGGCCGCCAAGUGCCUGGGUCUUGCCGGGCAAAGUCCCUGCUGCCUCUCCUGGUCGUGUGAGCUGCCCAGGCAUCACAUGAUUCUCCGCUGUGCUCUUGUCGCUUCUGUGUUGUGGUGACACUAUGUGCUCCCUGGAGCAGGCGCUGCCCACCCACCCACCCGCACUAGGUCUGUUCUCAGUCACCCACAGGCCAUCCUUUGCAGUUUCAGCCUUUCCAGCCACUGCAGCCACCAGUGCUGUGCUCCUAAGCCUCGAGAGCUGAGGAUGGCCCCGUGGCCCUGCCUGGGCAGCAACUCUGCAGGCCACGGGGCUCUGCGUCUGGGGACCACGUGCAAGCCGGGGCUGGAAGGCAGCGGGACACCAGAGCCAACUCUGGCCAUGUCAGCCUGGCUGGCCGGCUGGGGAUUUCCCCAUUUCCUCCUCCAUCCCUCCCUGUCAUGUCAUUGAGGUCACCGUACCAGCAGAUCUGCAAACCAAGCACUUUGUUAUCUCUGCAGAAAGUGAACCCAGCAAUCCAGAGUUUACCCUUUUGCAAUGGCAGGGACUGCACUGACUGACCCUGCCCUCCCAGGGUAACGUUCUUUCUUGGCCAUCUGCUCCGGGCUGUGACAGCAUGGGUAUGUCCCAUCUGGUUCGAGCCAGGCCAGAGGAGGCCCCUGGGUUCACUCUCUGCCGAACUCCUCACCUUCCUUAGAGCUGGACUUCCAGGCCUCGCUGUGUCUCACAGUUAAGGAUGCCGUUCUGACCAGGACAAGUUGAAUUGUACUGCAUGUCACCUGGCGUCAGUCAUGUGAGGCUACACUCUCUGUAUUGUACACUUGCAAAAUAUACAGUGUUACUGUGGAUAAAUAGUUGAAGUAAAAAGUGAUAACAUAUUAAAUCCA